AUGAUCGAAAGAUCCGGCGGUUUCCUGAUUUUUGAUAAGUUACCCAAAGACAAGCUGAAGAAGGUGAAUGGAAGGAAAGUUGGCGGAAUGUCUGUCGAUCGUUUAUUCGAUGUGAAGAACGCAUUCUUCCUUGGGCAUUACCAGCAGUGUAUCCUUGAGGCUCAGAAACUCAUCACGAAGGUUGACGAGGAGAAAACUGCCAAGGAUGUGUUCAUGUAUCGUUCUUACAUUGCCCAAGGAAAGGCUUCCGUUGUCCUCAGUGAAGUUCCUGAACGAACUGAUAAUCCUUCCCUGAAAGCCAUUCGUCGCUUGGCUGAAUAUCAAAACCCUGCCAAUAGACAGCGCAUCGCAAACCAAGUGCAAAGUGAAGUUUCUGAAGGAACAGCUGCAACUGAUGAUGCCUCAUGCAUUGUUGCCGCCCUAAUUUUGAAUAAUGAAAAUAAUCCAGAAGAUGCUAUGCGUAUCCUUUCAAGAAAUGACUCUCUGGAAGCACAUUCUGCCACCGUUUUCACUUUGCUUCAGAUGGAUAGGGUUGAUUUGGCUGUAAAAGAGUUGAAGAAAAUGAAUGAAAUUGAUGAGGAUGCUACUCUAACCCAGCUCGCUCUUGCGUGGGUCAACAUGGCCGUGGGCAAAGAUAAACUCAAGGAUGCUUACUACAUUUUCCAAGAAAUGAUGGACAAAUACGGUCAAAGUCCACGACUACUCGUUUCUCAGUCGGCUGUUCUGAUUUUACAGGGAAAAUAUAAGGAUGCUGAAGCUUUGCUACACGAUGCGCAGUUGCGCGACGCAAAUAACUGCGAUGCCUUGGUCAACCUUGUAGCAGCCUUGGUCAACGCUCGUCUCAGUAACCAAUUUUCUAUUCCAUGA